AUGCAGACUCCAGUGAGGUUUUCGAGCUGCAGAGGUGUGGCUUUCGAGAUCAAACCUCAUGCAGACCCAUUUGCGGUUGCUAAUCUAACUCAAAAUGAUCCUCAUGGCAGCAGCAAAAAAUCUUGGUUUCCUUGGUACCUAGGGAGCUCAUCUAAGGUGUUUCCUAAUUCUUCUUCCAUGCAAAGGUCUGUGAGCCGAGCGAGCAGUCACUUCUGUGACCUUGAUCUCGAUGAAGAUGACGAAGAUGAAAAUGAAGAUGAUAUCAUAUUUGAAAGUUUAGAAGAGGGACAGGACGAGGAGAAAGAUGAUAAGCCAGUUUUACCAUCCGCAAGCAAACGUGAGCAAAUCCCAAAGCCAGCUCGCAAGCAAGAAUCAAGAUUAUCAGUUAUUUUGCUUGACCAAGGGUUGUUCACUGUAUACAAAAGACUCUUUGUGGUCUGCUUCACCCUCAACAUCAUUGGCUUGGUGCUUGCUGCCGCUGGACACUUUCCAUACGCGAGAAAUAGAGCUGCCCUUUUCUCCAUUGCCAACAUUCUUUCUUUGACACUCUGCAGAAGCGAGGCUUUCCUGCGAGUAGUCUUUUGGCUUGCUGUCAAAGUGCUGGGAAAGUCUUGGGUACCUCUUCCAAUCAAGACUGCUACCACUUCCCUUCUCCAAAGCCUUGGUGGGAUACACAGUAGCUGCGGCAUUUCUUCUGUUGCAUGGCUUAUAUAUGCCUUAAUUCUUACACUCAAAGAUAGAGAGAACACUUCCCCUGAGAUCAUCGGCGUCUCCUCUACUAUUCUUUCCCUCCUCUGCCUCACAUGUUUGGUUUGGGCCUUUAUCGUCCUUACAAUCUCCUAUGAUCCAGUAACGAAAUCCUACUCAAAAGAACUUGGUUCAAGAUUGGUCCAACGACAAGAGUUCUGGUUCACAAUAGCCAUCACCAUCCUAAUUAUCACCCCAUGGUUGACAGUCAGACGUGUGCCUGUCAACAUCUCAGCUCCUUCAGGCCAUGCAUCCAUUAUCAAGUUCGAAGGCGGAAUAAAAUCCGGCAUAUUAGGCAGAAUCAGUCCUUCCCCGUUAUUGGAAUGGCAUGCUUUCGGCAUCAUUUCCGAUGGAAAAACUGAGCACAUGAUGCUUGCUGGUGCAGUUGGGGAUUUCACCAAAUCCUUGGUCUCGAACCCACCAACCCAUUUGUGGGUUCGAACAGUGCACUUCGCCGGCUUGCCUUACCUAGUCAACAUGUAUAACAGGGUUUUGGUUGUGGCAACAGGUUCGGGGAUCUGCGUGUUUUUGUCGUUCCUGUGCAAAGAAAUAAAAGAAAUGAUGAACGGCCACCCUAAAGAGAAGGUGAUUGUCCACGACACUGCCGUUUUAGGCCGUCCGAACGUGUCGCAGAUGAGUGUGGACACUGCUAAGAGAUGGCGAGCUGAAGUGGUCAUUGUAACAAGCAAUCCAGAAGGAAGCAGAGAUGUUGUCAACGCUUGCAAGGCUGCCGGUAUUCCAGCGUUCGGUCCCAUUUGGGACUCAUAAAUUCCACGUACAACCCAUCGCUAUGCAGAGUCAUUUAUGUU